GGAGAAGGCUCGCGGAGCUCGCCCAAUGGGGCGUGGGCGUGUGGUGUUGGUGGGGCGGCCGUCCACCUCCUCCUCUCUCUUGGCCACGCCCCUCCUCCUCCUCCCCCUCCCACCCCAGCUCCGCGUUCCCCUGAAGGGCCGGGCUUGGGAGCGCAGGUAGGCCUCACGCGCAGCCUCGGCCUCGCGUAGCUCGCCGAGCCGGGGGAUGACGACGGCGACGCCGCGACUGAGGCGAGGCCCUCGCUGAGGAAGAAGGCCGCCGCCGCCGCCGCCGCCGCCAUGCCGGCCAAGAGGAAGCUGGUGCCGCCGGCCCUCAACAUCACCCCCACCAUCGCCGAAGGGCCCAGCCCCACAGGCGGGGAGGGCGACGGCUCCGAGUGAGUGCGGGGCGGAGGCGGGGAGGGAAGCGGGAGGGGUCUCCGAGGGGCGGAGGCCUUUGUAUGUGGGGCUUGGGGGGGGGAGGGGGCGAGGGGAGGUCUAGGAAAGGGAAGGCAGGGUGUGGGUGGAGGGGUGUUAGACUGAAUUAUUAUUAUUGAGGGAGGGGGAGGGGGUGUUAUACUGAAUUAUUAUUAUUAUUGAGCUGGGGGAAGGGGUGUUAUACUGAAUUAUUAUUAUUAUUAUUAUUAAGCCGGGGGAGGGGGUGUUAUACUGAAUUAUUAUUAUUAUUAUUAUUAUUAUUAAGGCAUUGGGAGGGGUGUUAUACUGAGUUAUUAUUAUUAAGGCACGGUGUGUGGGGGGAGGGGGUGUAAGACUGAGUUAUUAUUAAGGCAGGGGGAGGGGUGUUAUACUGAAUUAUUAUUAUUAUUAUUAAGCCGGGGAGGGGGUGUUAUAUUGAAUUUUUGUUAUCAUUAAGCAGGGGGAUGUUUGACUGAAUAAUUAUUAUUAAGGCACGGUGUAGGGGGGGAGGGGGUGUAAGACUGAAUUAUUAUUAAGUCAGGGAGAGGGGGUGUUAUACUGAAUUAUUAUUAUUACUAAAGCAGGGGAGGGGUGUUAUACUGAAUUAUUAUUGUUAUUAAAGCAGGAGGAGGGAUGUUAUACUGAAUUACUAUUAUUAUUAUUAUUAUUAUUAAAGCAGGGUGAGGGGUGUUAUACUGAGUUAUUAUUAUUAAGGCAGGGGGAGGGGUGUUAGACUGAAUUAUUAUUAUGGCAAGGUGUGGGGGGAGAGGGUGUUAGACUGAAUUAUUAUUAUUAAGGCAGGGGCGUGGGGGAAGGGAGAUUAGACUGACUUAUUAUUGGUAAUAAUAAUAAUAAUAGCUUGUGGGAUGCUCUUCCCAGAGAGGCUCCUUGCAUAUAUUUAGGUGCCAGCCAAAAACAUUCCUCUUCAUUCCUGCAUUGCAGGGGGUUGGGCUGGGUGACCCUUCCAACUCUACAAUUCUUGGAUUCUCCCACAACCUUUGGCUCAUCAAAUCAUCUGUUUAAAGUGGUUGGGGUUUUUUUUUUUGCGGGGGGGGUGUGUGUAAUUGUUUUUGUGAUUUGCUAGGGUAUGUGUUAUAUGUAUAUAUUGCAAAGCGCCCCGUGGUCUGGGAUGAAGGCAUAGAAAUAAUGUAUAGUGUGGGGGAUUCCCUGGUCCUGAAGGGGGUAACUGUGCCCCUGACGGACCAGGUGCAUAGCCUGGGAGUCAUUUUGGACUCACAGCUGUCCAUGGAGGCAGCAGGUCAAUUCUGUGUCCAGGGCAGCUGUCUACCAGCUCCAUCUGCUACGCAGGAUCAGACCCGACCUGCCUGCAGACUGUCUCACCAGAGUGGUGCAUGCUCUGGUUAUCUCCCGCUUGGACUACUGGAAUGCGCUCUACGUGGGGCUACCUAUGAAGGUGACCUGGAAACUACAACUAAUCCAGAAUGCGGCAGCUAGACUGGUGACUGGGAGCGGCCGCCGGGACCACAUAACACCGGUUCUGAGAGAUCUGCAUUGGCUCCCAGUACGUUUCCGAGCACAAUUCAAAGUGUUGGUGCUGACCUUUAAAGCCCUAAACGGCCUCAGUCCUGUAUACCUGAAGGAGCGUCUCCACUCCCAUCGUUCAGCCCGGACACUGAGAUCCAGCGCCGAGGGCCUUCUGGCGGUUCCCUCAUUGCGAGAAGUAAGGUUACAGGGAACCAGACAGAGGGCCUUCUCGGUAGUGGCGCCUGCCUUGUGGAACGCCGUCCCAGCAGAUGUCAAGGCAAUAAACACCUAUUUUACUUUUAAAAGACAACUGAAGGCAGCCCUCUUUAGGGAAGUUUUUAAUGUCUAAUGCUGUAUUGUUUUUAAUAUUCAGUUGGAAGCAGCCCAGAGUGGGCAGGCUAUAAAUAAAUUAUUAUUAUUAUUAUUGUAUUGCCCAUCCUCCCCCAUACGGUCUCAGGGCAGGUUGCAGCAACUGAAAAGCAUAACGCUUCCACAAAAACACAAAACGUUACACAAGGUGUUGUGUGUGGGUGUUUUUUUUAAGUGGCUUGCGAUCGUGGGAAGAAAUACAUAUAAAUACAUAUAAAAUACAUAUAAAAGUAGGGUGUGGGGAUGCAGAGGUGGGGAAGAGGAGGUCUCGGAAAGGGAAUAAAGGGUGUGGGUUGUUAGACUGAGGGAGGAAGGGUGGGCGCUUGUGGGAAUAAUUAUUAUUAUUAUUAUCCGCCCUUCCCUUUAAGGUCCUGGGGCUGGUUACAGCAACUAAAAGACAGUACUAAGAUGAAAAGCACAGUGUUGCACAAUGUUUUAAAACAACAUAGCAAUCUCAGAAAGAAGGCAUGUCUUUAUAAAUACGUACCUCAGGUGCCAAAAGCUGGGUCAGAAGAGGUGAGGCUUCAGCAUUUACCGAAAACUAUAUUGUUAUGAUUACUUGCUGAAUUUGUUGGCUGCUUAGGGCAACCCAAUGUGUCUUGCAACCAAACAGACAACCACCACUGCUGUCCCCUGCCACAUAGAUUGAUUGAUUAAUUAAUAAAUAAUUGAAUUGAAUUGAAUUUCUGUAUCUGAGAAUCAUGUUAAAACUGAGAGGGGAAAGUACAACAACAACAACAAUAAUAGUUAUUACCCCCACCCUUUUCUCUGACAGGGAACUCAAGGCAGCUUACAGAUAAAAAUAAGAACAACUAAAGUGAAGUUGCCACACGCCCCUCAAGAGUUGCACAACUUGGGAGGGGUUUCCACAGAAAAUGCCAUCUCCUGCCUGUUGCCACCACCUUGAGCUUCUGAGGGCAGAGGAGUAGUCAAGGGGGCACCCUCUGCCAGUCUUAGGGCCCAAUAGGUCUGUAGGGAAGGAGGCGAUCAUUCAAGUAUUUGAGGAGUUUAGGGCUUUAAACACCAAUGGCCUGGUGUGUUUGUGUUUAUGUUUUUAAAUGUGUUGUUGUAAAUUGCUUGUAGGCCUUUGGGUCCAAAACUCUAGGUAUUUAUUUUAUUUUAUUUUUUAUUUACUGGUUGCUUUUUUACUGAGGUAACUCAAAGCGACUGACAUUAUGUAAGCAAACAAACACGCACAACACAAAAACAUCUAAAAGACCAUCUCUAUUGUUAAAAGGCAAGGUUGAAACAUCCCGCUCACUCAAGGAGGCCAAAUGCCUGGCAAAAAAGAAAUGUUUUUUCACCUUGCACCUAAAGCUAUGUCAUGAUGGCACCAGGCAAGCAUCCCUGGGGAGAGCGUUCCACAAGUGGGGAGCCACCAAUGAAAAGUCCCCAUUCGGUUGUGCUCCAGACUUCCUAAGAUAACAAUCACAAGGUCCAGGUCAGUUCAUAUGGGAAGAGCUAUUGGAGCCUUGAGCCACAUAAGUAGUAGUAGUGUUAUCAGUGGGUUGCAUGCAACUAAGUCCUGCUCAGGGUAGACCUGUUGAAAUGAAUAAACCUAAGGUAGCCAUGCCUAUUAUUUUCAAUGGGUCUCUGAGUAGGGCUGUCACUGGAUACAACUCAAUAAAAGUACUUUAUUAAGGUAGGCAGCUGGAAAGGAGAAGUAUGUCUCUUAAGAGCAUGUGACUUUAAAGGGGGAUUCCAUUUAUGGAAGGGAGAAGGAUGAAGGAGGCUUUGACUGAAAGGUUGCAAUUUCAUUUACUGCAAAGUGACUGCUUAAUCUUUAACUCUUCUUAGUGGUGCACAUAAAAUUACCAAAAAAAAUGAAUCAUACAAAGCAUUUUUUUAUUUUUUUUACUGUUAAGGGUGUUAUUAUUACUGAGCUAGAUGUUGAAUAAUGGAGCAAGAAGAGCAGCUGGGAGGUGGGGGCAAUAGCACAUGUGAAGGGGGUCCAUGUGGGCAGGUGGUCUGGAAAGGGACAUCAACGAUUGGAGGGGCUUGAGAUGGGCUUGUUGUUAUUAGUGGUGUUGGGAUGGCUGUGGAAUGUAAGAGGAGAUGAUUAAUGAGCAGGUGUAACUAGAAGAGACAGAGGGGAAAAUAUAUGUGGGGGUUGGAGGGAAACUAGCAAAUACAGUCAUACCUCGGGUUACAGAUGCUUCAGGUUGUGUGUUUUCGGGUUGCGCACCGCGCCUAACCUGGAAGUACCAAAAUGGGUUACCUCCGGGUUUUGGCGCGGAAGCGCUAAAUAGUGCUUUGCGCAUGCGCAGAAGCGCCGAAUUGCGAGCUGCGCAGACGCAGCGCUGCGGGUUGCGAACCCGCCUCCCUCACGGAUCACGUUCGCAACCCCCAAGCAUCCACUGUAGGUUGAGAUGGGUCUUAAAGUGUUAAAGUACAUGAGGGUGGGGGAAAGCAGCUGAGGCAAUGAACCAGGGAGGGGCAUCUGGGAGAGAGACAUUUGUGCUAUAUUCAGUUGGACUUAUUCCCAAGUAAGUGUGUAUAGGAUCGCAGCCUUAAAGAGGAAUCCGUAUAUGGAAGAGACCAGGAUUUGGGUUGAAUGAUGAUUGGCGUUUAAAGGGCACCUAUUCUUAGUGCCACUGGUGUUGAAAUGGCAUGUGUUCCUGAAUAGUUUGGGGGUGGGUUGCAUGUUAACAGAACUGAGGCAGAAGGGAAGGCAGUGAAUGGAAGGAGGGGAGCUGGAAGAGGUUUUCUUUAUGAGAGUUUAUUGUUCCAGGCAAGCAUCCUCUCUGAUCCGGGUCUCCCAGGUCACAAUGGGUCAGGGCAUCUGGCUGUUAAACCAGAAGGUUGGUGGUUUGUGCCCACCCAGGGACAGGAUUCCUUUCACUGCAUUGGACUGGAAGGCCCUUGGGGGUCCCGUCCAACGCUACAGUUCUCUGAUUAAACGUUUGAAGGAGCAAAUUCACACGAGGAAGAAAGUGUGGGGAAGAGAAUGGAGUGGUUGUGUUGGCUAAGAGAGGGCAGGAGCUGCAUCGCCAAGUAGGACGGUUCAGUCCCCAGCAUCCCCAAGUGAGGCUGGGAAUGUCCCCUGUCUGAAAUUCUGGAGAGCCUCUGUCAGUGGCUGCAGUCAAAAACCAAGCAAUGGUAUGACCUAGUUGUAAGGUAGUUUCUUAGGAAAGGUUGUGGUUAAAAGGGUAUCAUGCAGUUCAUUAGUAGAGGUGUAGAGAGAUGUGUGAGAGGCCCGGUAUAGCCCUCUGGGAAGGGUGGCUCAGAUUAAAGAGGGAGUGGUGUUAAAAGCGAGCUGGAUAGAUGGGUACCUUGCAGGGAUGGGGUUAGAAGGUAACACAGUGGGGAGUGCUGAGAAUUAAGGUAAUGUAACGCUUAAACCAGCAAGUCUUUUAUGUAAGUUGCAAGAGGACAUGAAAAAUGUACAGGAACAGAUAACCUAAGAGCAAAUGACUAGGAUCCACUGGGAGACUGGCUUGAAAUGUACUGUCUACUUUCUCAUUCCUCCAUUCUUCCUUUGGCAGAGGGGGAGAGGGAGUUUAUUUUAAUUUUAAGAUGGAUUUACUGCCUUUCUACUCUCUUAAAAGUCCACCAAGACGUUUUGCAUUAAUGCUGUAUCUAUUUUACAGUUUUAAAAGCCAGCAGUAGUGAAGCCAAAAGAAUAGCAUUGAUGAGAGCAACCAGAUAAGGCACACACAGUUGCACCCUGCUCUGCCUUUUGGAACAGAAAGGCUUUCUUAACAGUGUAAUUUCACACAUUCUUUCUUAGAGGUGCAUCUCACACAGUGUUAGAAACUAGCCAAGCGCCAGGUGUGUUUUGUGACUGGCAUGAGUCCAACUGCGACCACAUGGAGGUCUCUGGAUGCCAGGUUGGCAGCUGGGGAAAGCAACAUGUGCCUUAGAGAAGGCUCUGAAAGAUUUUCCUUGAGGCUUGUUGUAUUUUGGAUGGUUUUAUUUGAUGUAUUACUGUGUCAUCAACCACUUUAAGAUUUGUUCUGUAAACUAUAAAGCGGUAUAGAAAUGAAAUUAACAACAACAACAAAUAACUUGAUUGUAAAAGGGAAAAAAGCGACUAGACAUUCCAUUAUGGCGACCGUAACCUGGGUUUAAGGUGCCAUUUGGUGAUUAGAGUUUAUAUUGAGUUUCUGACACUGGUCCCUCUGUAUUUAGUGGGGUUUGCUCUGAGGACAUGGUUCAGUGGUAGAGCACAUGCUUUGUAUGUUGAGUAUCCUGGGUACUACACCUGAUCUUUCCGGGUAGGAAUAGGAAAUAUUACCAUGGAGAGCUGCUGCCAGUUGAUGUAGAAUACCUUGUAGAGCCUUAUUUUAUUUGUUUAUUAUUUCUUAAAUUUCUAUGCCGCCCUUCAUCCAAGGAGCAAAGGGCAGUUAAAAGGCCAUAGGUGGUUUAAUUUAUCAAAGGCCUGGGAGAAAAGGACUCUUUGCCUAGUGCCUAAAGAUACGUAAUGAAGGUACCGGGUGAGCUUCCCUAGGAAGAGCAUUCCACAAAUGGGGAGCCACCGCAGCCCCCUUUUGUGGAGGGGGCAUGUGACAAAGAUGGUGAUCACAGGGUCUGCUCCCAUCAUACCUGACCAUUGGCCAUGCUGACUAAGGUUGAUGGAAGUUGGAGUCCAGCAAGAUCUGGAGGGCCACAGGUUCCCAGCCCUGGGGUUGUAUUAGCUAGAUCAGGCAUAGGCAACCUUGGCCCUCCAGAUGUUUUGGGGCUACAAUUCCCAUCAUCCCUGACCACUGGUCCUGUUAGCUAGGGAUCAUGGGAGUUGUAGGCCCAAAAAACGUCUAGAGGGCCGAGGUUGCCUAUGCCUGAGCUAGAUGGACCUGUGGCCUGGCUCAGUGUAAGAAAGCUUCAUACGUUCUUAGGAUUUCAGUUUCUUUUUCUUCCUUUUUUUAGAAGCUUACUGGAGUAAGUUGGCAGAAUGAGCAACCUUAGGUAGGAGGUCACAGCAAUAGAAAAGGCCUAGCUUAUCAUCUGCUAUAAAUUGUCGUUGGAAAACAGUUCAGGACUUCUCUGAAUACAAAUGGUGUCAAACCUUAUGGAACAUUGCAUUGUAAACAUUACUCUUCCAUUUAAACUGCUUAGGGGUCAAGACUUGCUGGGCUCCGUUUAUAUCAUCUGGUACAUCUUUAUUGAACAUCUAACAAAAAACAUCCUUACAGUACAUCGAGAGUAUGUUGGUAGAUAUGGAUGAUGUUAACUUCUGGCUUUGGACCUUUGGACUUUCUGUUGGUAAUAAUGUCUUUUGUGCGUAUCUUAAAAGGUCUCGGGCAGUGAAAAAGAUCUCAUUUGUAGUAUGUUUUUACCUGGUUAAACUUUUGCAUUUUUUGUUUUAUUGUGAUAUGGCAGGCAUUUAAUCACAAUGAAAAUGAAGGAAAAGCCCUGCUUUUCAUAACUUACAGCUACCCUGAUAACUUACAGCUAACCUGAUAACUGAUAACCAAAGGGCCGGAUUAAGCGCCCAAAACAAACUUUGGACUGCCUGGUCUAUAUAAUUCCUACUGUGGGGCGUAUGGGGUGUUAGGGGAGGGGGUAGUACCUCUGGGUAGUGCUCCUUCUGGGGUCUUUUAUCCACCUUUGAUCCUCACUCUGUACUCAGCUGUUACCUGCAGCUCCUCGAAGCUGUCAGCAGGCAACAGUGGCCACAGUCCCGAGAAAUGGCUUCAUUGUUGUUUAGUCAUGUCCGACUCUUCAUGACCCCAUGGACCAGAGCACGCCAGGCACUCCUGUCUUCCACUGCCUCCCGCAGUUGGGUCAAACUCAUGCUGGUAGCUUCGAGAACACUGUCCAACAAUCUUGUCCUCUGUCGUCCCCUUCUCCUUGUGCCCUCAACUUCUCCCAGCAUCAGGGUCUUUUCCAGGGAGUCCUCUUCUCAUGAGGUGGCCAAAGUAUUGGAACCUCAGCCUCAGGAUCUGUCCUUCCAGUGAGCACUCAGGGCUGAUUUCCUUCAGAAUGGAUAUGAUCUUCUUGCAGUCCAUGGGACUCUCAAGAGUCUCCUCCAGCGCAUCCCGUAUUUUUCGCUCUAUAGGAUGCACUUUUUCCCUCCAAAAAUGAAGGGAAAAUCUGUGUGCAUCCUAUGGGGUGAAUACAGGCUUUCGCUGAAGCUUGGAGAGCGAGAGAGGUCGGUGCGCACCAUCCCGCUGUUCCUCGACCUGGUUUUGAGGCUGCUGCUGGGGAGAAGCCCCUUUAUUUCCCCCCCCCAAAAAACUAGGUGCGUCCUAUGGGCGACCAUGGACAAAAUACGGUAAUUCAAAAGCACCCAUUCUUCAGCGAUCAGCCUUCUUUAUGGUCCAGCUCUCACUUCCAUACAUCACUACUGGGAAAACCAUAGCUUUAACUAUACGGGCCUUUGUUGGCAAGGUGAUGUCUCUGCUUUUGAAGAUGCUGUCUAGGUUUGUCAUUGCUUUUCUCCCAAGAAGCAGGUGUCUUAAUUUCGUGACAGCUGUCACCAUCUGCAGUGAUCAUGGAGCCCAAGAAAGUAAAAUCUCUCACUGCCUCCAUUUCUCCCCCUUCUAUUUGCCAGGAGGUGAUGGGACCAGUAGCCAUGAGCUUAGUUUUUUUGAUGUUGAGCUUCAGACCAUAUUUUGCGCUCUCCUCUUUUACCCUCAUUAAGAGGUUUUUUAAUUCCUCCUCACUUUUUGCCAUCCAAGUUGUGUCAUCUGCAUAUCUGAGGUUGUUGAUAUUUCUUCCGGCAAUCUUAAUUCCAGUUUGGGAUUCAUCCAGUCCAGCCUUUUGCAUGAUGAAAUGGGAAUGGGGUAGAGGAAGUCAAAAAGUGAGUUGAAGGCAAGGGCCAUAGCACAGAGGUAGAGUAUCUCUGACUUGCAUGGAGAAGGUCCUGGGUUCAGGGUUCAGGUCGGGCUGAAAUCCUAUGCUGCUGCUACCCGUCAGAACAAUACUGAGCCAACUAGACCAAUAGUCUGACUCAGUACAAGGUAGCUUUAUAGGUUCCUAAGAGAGGAUUAUGUGGGAAAUGCUUGUCUAGAGAAUUGUCAUGAGUGUGACGAAGGGUUAGCUUUGGCAGAGGGGCUGGGUACAUUGAAGAGGGUUGCCUUGGAGCGAGAAUCGUUUCCAGGGAUCCAAAUGUAGGCUUUGCAUUCCGACUUCAGAGAAUCAGAUUUUCUGGGGAGGCAGUUGGUGUAGAAAGUGAGAUCUGAUCAGGAAGCCCAGACAAUGGAGUUGAGGGCUGCUUCUUAGGAAGAAUAAAUUCGACCUGUGCAGAAGAGCUGCUGCUGCUGUGGGAAUUUCAGAAUGCACCCUUAAUGCACAAAACGCACAAGGAGGGUGUACUGGAGAGUAAGGCUCAACUGGCAGCAGUUGGGCAAGAAAAGGGGGGUAAAAGGCGCUCUCUCCAAAACAGCUUUCCUUCACCACAAUGCGUAACGUAGGAUCACCUUUACACCUUCAUGCCAUUGUUAGAAAGUGGUUUGCAACUCAGCACACUUAGCUGGAGAGAGAUCGCUGAGUUUCCUUACAUGUUGUCUUGCUAGAUAAGCCCCUUCAGGAAUACUACCAAAUAAGUUGAUAGUGCUUCAGUUUCCUAGGAGUCAGCCCUGAAUAGUUAGAAGCCAAUCUCACAUCUCCCUAGACUCCCUAGACUCUGGCAGCACAGUUUUCAGGGUCAUGACAACAUAGAGUGAUUUGCUAUGGUAGUUUAUGUGCAGGGCCCAGGGGAUUAAUCUAUGGCCAGCAAAUAGUCUCACUUCUCAGGCUUUGGUAGAAGCAGCGGGACAGACUGGGAAUCCUGGGAGACUCAACAGUUUCCUCCCGUCUUUCCUUGAAGAGCACAUCUUGUUGACCUCCAGAAGAAACUGGAAGAACUGGAACUGGAUGAACAGCAGAAGAAACGGUUGGAGGCUUUUCUCACCCAGAAGGCCAAAGUUGGAGAGCUGAAAGAUGACGAUUUCGAGAGGAUUUCUGAGCUGGGAGCCGGUAAUGGUGGAGUGGUCACCAAAGUACAACACAAACCCUCAGGGCUAAUCAUGGCACGGAAGGUGAGGAGGAGGAGGAGGAGGAGGGUGAUGUCUCAUCCUGUGUGACCAAAUGUUUGGGGGCAUCUGCAGAGGUGGCAAGAAACAGUUGAGCCAUAACCAGUAAAUCUGUGAUGAGAAUUCUGUGGGGGCGAGCCAAAUCUAGCAGGCACGUAGCCUGAGCUGUCACUAGCCACCUCAUUUAAUGCACCUUGGUUUAGGAACAGCUUCGUUUAUAAACAACUUGGAUUAAGAACGCUGCAGACCCGGAAGUAGGUGUUUUGGUUUGUGAACUUUGCCUUGGAAGCAGAGCACGUUGAGUGUGUUCCAUUUGUAAACUGAGUCUCCAGCUGCUAUGGGAAAGCACGCCUUGGUUUAAGAACACUUUGGUUUAAGAAUGGACUUCUGGAACGGAUUAAGUUCGUAAACCAAGGUACCACUGUAUUAAAGCUUCUGGGCUAGCUUGAAAAGAUUUGAAUUUGUAUCUUUCUAGUGUCUUUAAUCAGUUUGUUUGUUCGUUGUACAGGGCCCCCCAUCAGUGAAGCACAUAUAAGCCUCCCCUCCUGCCCUGUUAUGCCCCUGUUCUGCCUACUUCCGGGUCCAAAAGGACCCAUGUGCCAGCAUUUGCGUGUCAAUUGGAUGCACCUAUAAUGGUCGCCUUCUGUAUCUAUAUAUUGCAUCCCCCAAAAUGAGCUUGUCAGGGUAGCAUACAAUGGUUCGCCUUCCUUGAGUUUGCCUUCUCUGCAAUCUCAUGGAAUAUGUUUGGCUGAGAUAAGAGUGAGUGGCUCACUUCAUAGCUGGGUGGGGACUUGAAUGCAGACCUGGUCUGACACUUUAACUUCUUGUCCUGUUUUCUUUUACACACACACCUGUCUCUAAAUUCAGGUAGGUAGCCGUGUUGGUCUGACACAGUUGAAAUAAAAAAAUAAUAAUUGUCCAGCAGUACCUUAGAGACCAACUAAGUUUGUUCUGGGUAUAACAUGCACGCGAAAGCUCAUACCCAGAACAAAUUUAGUUGGUCUCUUAAGGUGUCACUGGACAAUUUUUUAUUUACCUGCCUCUCAAAAUUGCCAUGACACGUUUGGUGCAAUACAGCCAAUACACUUUUUCCCCAUCAGUCCUCCUUCAGUUUGUUGGCUUUCCCCCCGUGGUGAACCAUUCCUGAAACAACUUAUAGUUUCCCCCCUCUUCUUCCCACGGUUUGCAAUUGGUGUUGUUCAGCUGUCUAAAAAAGGGGCUGGAGUUUCUCUUUAAAGUGCCUUUGGGUGGCAAUAUGGAAAUACAGUGGUACCUCAGGUUACAUACGCUUCAGGUUACAGACUCCGCUAACCCAGAAAUAGUGCUUCAGGUUAAGAACUUUGCUUCAGGAUGAGAACAGAAAUCGUGCUCCAGCGGUGGGGCAGCAGCAGGAGGCCCCAUUGGCUAAAGUGGUGCUUCAGGUUAAGAACAGUUUCAGGUUGAGUACGGACCUCCGGAAUGAAUUAAGUUCUUAACCCGAGGUACCACUGUAGUUCUUGGUGCAGCCUUUUAUCCCCUUUGUUCCUUCAUUCCCCACCCACUCCCUCUUCUCCCCACAGCUGAUUCACCUGGAGAUCAAGCCUGCCAUCCGAAACCAGAUAAUCCGCGAGCUCCAGGUGCUUCACGAGUGUAACUCUCCAUACAUUGUGGGUUUCUAUGGCGCCUUCUACAGCGAUGGGGAGAUAAGCAUCUGUAUGGAGCAUAUGGUAAGUGUUGUUUUUCUCUCCCACCUUCUUAAGCAAGACAGAUACCCUGUUCAGCACCAGUCAGAGCAUCAACCUCUGACUGUAGCUAAUCCUUCAUUGAAUGUGUAGCAAUUCUUGUGUUUCCCUCUGGGUUUCCUCAUUGGCUGCUUGUUGCGUGCCUGGCACUCCAUGUCUUUUUAAAAAAUUCCACUCUUAAUUAUAUAACCCUGAAGAUGUUCCUAGUGCGGGUGGGGGGUGGGGGGAGGGAAUUAAAAUCCUAGCUGCCAGCACCAUGUUAUUUUUCUAGAAGCAAGCCUUGCGCAGAAUGAAGAGAAUGUCUCUGAUUCGCAGACACCAGCAAUAACCUUGGGGGGCUAAAAUAGGGGCCAGUGUGUUUUCCAGUCUUGACUCUUGCUUAUACCUGUAACCAGGUUCUUUCGCCAUUUGAUCAAGCCAUAUCUCUCCCCUUCUUGUAAAGGUCUUGGGAACCUUGUGGGAGUGGCUAUUCACAUAUGAACCUCCCUGAUGCUUAAGGUCAGCUGGGGAGUCCCUAAUUCAAGUUCCAGCUUGUUCAGAGACCAGAUCAGUUUCUGCAAGAAGUGGUGUCUUCUCAAAUUGCCGUUUCAGAGGUUUGGUAUGCACUUCUGUGGGCUGUAUUUGUGAUCUCUCAAUACAUUCUGCAGACAAGAGCGAACUUUACCUUGUCAACUUUUUUGUGAGGCAAGAUCAGGGCCAUCUGCUACAUUCUCUCUCUCUCUUUCAGAUUGUGCAUUUUUAGCUUGGUUUAAUUUAAGAAUCGUAACACAGCAGAGAUUUGUAUAAAGUAAUGUAUUCUGUGGGCAAAGUGGAUAAAAUAGAAUGUUUGAGAAUCGCCCUGGCUUGCUUACAUGUCUUCAGUGUUGUGAGGCAUUGAUUUAGUGGAUGGCAAAGGACGCCGGUGCUUUAUUUUAUUUUCUUAAGAUACGUGUCCCACCUCUCAAUCAAAAUAAUGGCCAAGAUGGCUUACUCAUACACAUAUAUGCAUACACAAGUGGGUUUCUUUUAAUGAUAGGCAGAACUAAGAUCAGCUAUGAAACAAAGGUCAAAAUUAGUCCCUUCAUUCUGUUAAGAGAAAGAGAUAUAAUAAUAAUAAUUUAUUAUUUAUACCCCGCCCAUCUGGCUGGGUUUCCCCAGCCACUCUGGGCGGCUUCCAACUGAAUAUUAAAAACAGUACAGCAUCAGACAUUAAAAACUUCCCUAAAGAGGGCUGCCUUCAGUUGUCUUUUAAAAGUAAAAUAGGUGUUUAUUGCCUUGACAUCUGCUGGGAGGGCGUUCCACAGGGCAGGCGCCACUACCGAGAAGGCCCUCUGUCUGGUUCCCUGUAACCUUACUUCUGGCAAUGAGGGAACCGCCAGACGGCCCUCGGCGCUGGACCUCAGUGUCCGGGCUGAACGAUGGGGGUGGAGGCGCUCCUUCAGGUAUACAGGACCGAGGCCGUUUAGGGCUUUAAAGGUCAGCACCAACACUUUGAAUUGUGCUCAGAAACAUACUGGGAGAGAACGUACUGGGAGAGAGAAGCAUUUGGCUUGUAAUGAGGUAACUUGGGUGCCAGGCAAAUAUGCUUAGGAUGGGUAUUCUGUAUUCGGAAAUGCCACAGCAGGAAAAAGCAACACCCUUGUUCCUGCGAGCAACUUGCCUAUCCUGAGGGUGAGGUCAGAGCCUUGCUUGCAGAUCUCUACAAAUAGGCCGGUUCUUGCAGUAGACAUUGAGAGAUGUUGGCCAGUUGUGUCAACCGUAAGGCAAGUGCAGAUCUAGUGCAGGAUCUGGCAGCGAGAGGGGGGUCAUCUCCCUAUUGCUUUGGUUCCUUUUACAUAGUUUACGGGAGCUGCUGCCAUUUGAGAGCCAGUGUGGUGUAGUGGUUAAGAGCGGUAGUCACGUAAUCUGGGGAACCGGGUUCGCGUCUCCGCUCCUCCACAUGCAGCUGCUGGGUGACCUUGGGCUAGUCACAUUUCUUUGAAGUCUCUCAGCCCCACUCACCUCACAGAGUGUUUGUUGGGGGGGAAGGAAGGAAAAGGAGAUUGUUAGCCGCUUUGAGACUCCUGAAGGGGAGUGAAAGGCGGGAUAUCAAAUCCAAACUCCCUUCUUCUUCUUCUUCUUCUUCUUCUUCUUUCUUCUUCUUCGUGACUUGUUCGGUGGUCACUGGUAUGCUGUGAAUUCUGCAUUUUGCCAAAUUUAAGUGACACAGAAAUAAUAUGCUGCCUGAGCCACAACGGGCAACUGUUAUUAGUAGUAAUGGUAUUAGUAGUAAUGGCAGCAACAGCAUUUAGACCAGGCAUAGGCAAACUCGGCCCUCCAGAUGUUUUGAGACUACAAUUCCCAUCAUCCCUGACCACUGGUCCUGUAGGUAGGAAUGAUGGGAGUUGUAGUCCUAAAACAUCUGGAGGGCCGAGUUUGCCUAUGCCUGAUUUAGACUUAUCAGUUGCUUGUUACCCAAAGGUCUCCAAGCAAACCACAACACAUAUAAAAACAUAAAUACAUUAUACCAUUAAUAAGUUAUGCAAAACAUUAGCUAAAUAGUAAACAGAUUGAUAGGGACGCGGGUGGCGCUGUGGGUUAAACCACAGAGCCUAGGGCUUGCUGAUCAGAAGGUCGGCGGUUCGAAUCCCCGCCACGGGGUGAGCUCCCGUUGCUCGGUCCCUGCUCCUGCCAACCUAGCAGUUCGAAAGCACGUCAAAGUGCAAGUAGAUAAAUAGGUACCACUCCAGCAGGAAGGUAAACGGCGUUUCCGUGCGCUGCUCUGGUUCGCCAGAAGCAGCUUAGUCAUGCUGGCCACAUGACCUGGAAGCUGUACACCAGCUCCGUCGGCCAAUAAAGCGAGAUGAGCGCCGCAACCCCAGAGUCGGUCACGACUGGACCUAAUGGUCAGGGAUCCCUUUACUUUUAAACAGAUUGAUACAGAACAUCAACAAUUCAUGGAACACACACACACACACACACACACACACACACACAGAUGCAAAAACAACCCCCCUAAACAACCACAGGAAGUUUUAGGGGCCUGCUAAUUGCAGAACUAACUCGGGUCAGUCCAUCAGACGCCUGGGAAGCAAGGUCAGCCUUUACCUGUUGUUGAGUCACAAUUGAAAAUGCCCUUUCCCUUGUCACUGUGCGGAAAAAAGGUGUCAAAAGGUCCCCCUUCCUGAGGAAGUAUACUGAUUCGAGGUAUAAAAAUGCUUGAGAAGAAAAGUUUCAAUUAGUAAAAUCUGGCUGCGGCUGGGGAGUACGUACAGCAUGUACCUUUGCACUAUGCCUGUGUCUGGGGAAGAGAUGGGUUAGCACUCUGCCUUCAUACAGGAAUGCCUGGCUUGCGCGGGGUGUGAACUGUGGUUAUGGCCAAUAUCUUACUUUAUGUCAGCUGGUCUCUUUUCCUCUGAGUUUAGGAUGGAGGUUCCCUAGAUCAGGUUUUGAAAGAAGCCAAGAGAAUUCCUGAGGAUAUCUUGGGGAAAGUCAGCAUAGCGGUGAGUAUGCUGUUGCCUUCCUCUUAAGAAAGAAAAAAAAAGCUUGUUUAAAGAAAAUAGGCUCAGCUUUGCGGCAUUCGGGAGCCAAAAUGUUUGAGAACUAAGCUGUUCAAAACCAAAGUACAAUUGUAUUAGCAGCUCAGUUCUGAUGAAGUAGAGAAGGAUAACAAUUCUUCCCCCCUUGCUUACAGGGUGUCUAAAAAUAACCAGUUGCCUUCGUACUUCUUCUCUAAAUGAAAGGCGUUGCGUGAAUUACUUUAACAAUAAUUAAUAACCACUUUUCAGGAACAAAGGUUCAUCGAGUUUGUCGGCUGCUCUUCCUUACCUUAAACUGUUGAAACUGAUCAGGCAAUAAAAGUGAAACUCUUGUGAUGGUUUUGAGGGCUCCCUCCUUUAACAUGGAAGAGAACUUCCCCAAAUGGGGGGGGGGGGGAAUUGCCUUUAUCAAAUGUCAGUCCUGCUCAAGGGUAGGCCCCUUUGAUGGACAUGACUAAUUUGGCUCCAUUAAUUUCAAGGUGAGUGUCAGUCAAUCAAGUGGAUUAGGUGACCAAAUGCAGGUUAUAGUCAAAGGAGAACAAAAAAUGGGCAAUGAUGGAUGAAAAGCAGGGCAAUUGUUGAGGUGGCAAGACCCAAGCAUAGAUCUAGAGUGGGGGCUCAGAGAAACGUAAAUUCCCAUGAAAGGUUCUGGCCCAAACAGAAUGAAAUGAGAGGGGAGGAAUGGGGAAGGAGCAGAAACAUCAAAUACGUCUGCCCCUCAAGCCCCACUCAAAAUUUUGGAGUGGGAACCUGAACAUAAUUGGAUCUGGUUAUUUCUGGACCAGCCAGUAUGGUGAGAGGGAACCAGUCAGUCCAUGGAGGGAGAAAAGGUGGUACAGCCUCCCUUCCUCUUUGCAAUCUGUGCAUUGGCCAACACUUGGCAGCCUUUGUCUUCCUUGAUCCAGAAGAGCCUGAUUUCCACCCUGCAAAGCCUUCAGCUUUCCAAAUCCUCAUGGUGCCCUGACCUUUUCCUUCUCCUCUCUUCUCCUCUUCCCGCCCCCGCCACAUCACCAGGUUCUGCGAGGAUUGGCUUACUUACGAGAGAAGCACCAGAUCAUGCACAGAGGUGAGUGAGCAGCUGGAACACAGGGAAAGCUCUGCGAGGGUCUUUUGUGCCGAGGGAACCCAGAUUCCACAAGCGCAGUGGACAUACGUAGACUUGGUUUCAACGCUUAUUGUGCCUCGAGGCGUUGACUUUGCAAACCACUCUCUUUCUGGAGCUCCAUUUUGACUUGAUUCAGGCUUGGAAACAACCAAGCGAGCACCGUCGUGCCAGAACAUGCCAAGGAUUCCUUGGUUACAUCCCACUUGCUCUCUACAAUUAACAGACAGGAGGGUAUCUGAAUUGCACAUUCAUUUGGACAUCAGGAAUAACGGGGCCUCAACUGAGUCCUGGGAGCGAGUUUGGGAAGGGUGGAUGCUAAGCCGUUUUGCUCCAGCUGUAUGUGUGAUUCGAAGACCGCCAGUACUUCCAUGAGUGUUGGGUUGAGGUACAGUUGCCAGGAGGCCAUACUGAUUGGCAGCAGCUCUCAAAGGCCUCUCUCCCACCCCUGCCACUUUCCAUUCUGAGUUGCUGGGUGUUUAUCUUUUUUUUUUGUUUUUUUUUAAUGAUUUUUAUUAAGGUUUCAGUAAAAAGUUAAACAGAAAAACAUAAAAAAGAAAUACACAAAUACACAGUACAUAAUCCAAAGAAGAAAAAAGCACAGAAAACAAAAAACAAAAAAAAAACCAAAAAAAAUUAAAAACAAUAUCACCUUUUCAUUUCCGUUUUUAAAUUUACUUAUUUUCUGGACCUCCUCAUACCUCCCUCUUUUGUAUUCCAGUUCAAAUUGUUUGUCCAGCAAUUUCUUUCCCACUUUUUUAAUCCCAAUCUUUAAUCUUAAUAUAAUAUAGCAUUAAAAUUUUACCUCUUAAAUACCAAAUUUCCAUUUCCUUAAACUUCUUUAAUCCUAAUCUUUAAUCUUAGUCUAUCUAUAACUUUAAAACUGGGUGUUUAUCUUUGAAAAGGCCCUGGUUGCUUUGCCGGACUUCAGUGCUUCCAAAAUUCAAUCAGACGCAGCCUUCCUAGGUGUCCUGCUGCCCUCCGGGUGUUCUCAGACUCCAACUUCCAUCAACCCCAACUAACUUUCCCAGUGGACAGAGAUGAUGGCAGAAGUAGUCUGACAACAUAUGGAGAACACCAGGUUGAAGAAAAUUGUUGAAUAGCCGCGAUGGCUAGGAAAUUGCAUUCAUUCAUUCAUUCGUUUUCAUUAAAAACAAAAACAGAAAGCUGAAUGCUCUGAGGGUGUGUAGAACCUUCACUAAGGGCUGCCCCCCCCCAUUGCUUGAAUUGCACACACUCUGACAUUCCCCUCCUUUCAGUCUUUUCUCUCAAAAAUCUAUUUUCAGAUGUGAAGCCUUCUAACAUCUUGGUGAAUUCCCGGGAGAGAUUAAGCUCUGUGAUUUUGGAGUCAGCGGCCAGCUCAUCGACUCCAUGGCGAAUUCCUUCGUGGGCACUCGCUCCUAUAUGUCUGUAGGUCCCUUUGCUGUGUUUGUUGUGCCACCUUUGGUUUGUGUGUGUGUGUGUUUUGCAUCAGAAGUGGGUGGCUCCUAAGGUGAUAGGUUUGAGCAGCACCCAGUUGGGGGCUUGGAGAACCGGCGGCCCCCACCAGGUGGCAUUGGACUCUCAUCAGCCCUAGUUCAGCCCAGCCCAAUGGAUAGGGAUAAUGGGAGUUGCAGCCUGUAAAGUCCAACUAAUGGGGUUUUUUAAAAAUUAAAAAAUGCCCCCCUCCAAAAAACCCCCAAACUCUAGUAUUUAUGUUUUUAAGCUUUUCUCCCCAAUCCAAAUGGGCUGUGGAUUCCCUGCCUAUGGAUUUUAUUUUCAUAAGGACUUUUUGAGAAUUGAGAAGGAUCUGUGGAAGCCCCAUGGUGUUUAUAGUAUGCUGUAGGUGAAGAUGGUCGAAGUUUGUCAGCUCAAGGCUGUCUAAUAAAUGGCGGGUAAGUUCAUUCGGAAUGAAUACGAUGGUACUAAAACAGAGGUGGUGAAACAACAGCAAAGUGUGGAUUGGGUGGACAGUUGACCCACAGGGGUUCGGUUUCAAGGGUAAUAUAUAUGCACGGAAAUCGUGUAAACCCAAAAUUGUGUUACCAUAAUUGGAGCCACCCCAUGGCUAGCCAGUGUAUCUUCUAUAAGGCAAAUGGGGAGGGGAGGAGAGGGAGAGAAUCUUUGGCAGCCCCAGAGCUGCUUGGCACUACAAAAACAGGUUUUAAGCUCCUGGCUUUGCUUCCUGCGCUAGGCAUGCCAUCUCUGUUACUGCUGGGGGUGCUCUCAUGAGAUCGCGCAGGAUAAUCCAACUUCCCACAGGAUCCCGUAGGUGCACCCUCACCUUCCCCACAUGUCGUUAGAAUCACGCAAGUUAAAAUAUGCUUAGGAUGCGGGCAUACUGUAUUGGCGGGGAGAAGAGAGUCAUAUUUAAGAACACUUGCCACGGUUACAUUGCAAUAAGCAGAAACAGCGUGCUGCUGAGGAAUACAAAUAGUACCUCCAACGUUAGUGAUGGACGACGCAAAGUAAGAGAUUCUUCACUGACCACUUAGGGGGUAGAAUUAAACGUCCUGAUCCCAAACUGUAGUGCAGUUCCCAUUCUUAAUAUUUGCUUCCGCAAAGGAAAAAGAAGAAAGGAGGUCUUUUCAGUAACUGGCUAUGAUGAUGGGUUUCUUCUUUGGGUGGUGAGCUCUUCUGCCUUUUUACUGGCAUUGCAAUUCUGAAAGCUGGGGCUGCCUUAAUUCCAAAAUUCUCUUUAUUUCUCCUUCAUCCGGACUAGGCAACAGGCUGCAAAGUACCAUUUCAAGUCAGGCUUGAGGUUGGUUGUUGUUCAAGCCUGAACUAACCCACCUCUCUUGUUUUGACCGCUUGCAGCCAGAGCGCUUACAAGGUACUCACUAUUCGGUCCAGUCCGAUAUCUGGAGCAUGGGCCUCUCUCUGGUGGAGCUGUCGAUUGGAAGGUAUCCCAUCCCUCCGCCAGAUGCCAAGGAACUGGAAGCGAUAUUCGGCCGCCCCGUGUUCGAUGGGGCAGAAGGGGAAUCUCACAGCAUCUCACCACGGCCCAGGCCCCCAGGACGCCCUGUUAGCGGUAGGCAUUGUAUGAGGACGGGGGGGGGGGGAGAGGUGUUGUUGACGGUCAAGUUUUAGUCACUGGGACUUGUUUCCCACUGCAGGGUGCAAGAGCGAAACCGGGUCUGAUCGCUCUAGGUUAGCGUUGCCAAGUUAAUUUGGACCAGACGAAGGAGCCCUGACAGUGGCCUCCCGAAAACCUCUGUGAGGUCUUGAGGCAGUUCAGUGUAUUGGUUAGAGCAGGUGUGGGGAGCAUCUGCCCCUCCCCAGUGUUGCUAUAUUAUUAUUAUUUACUGGAUUUAUAUACAGUGGUACCUCAGGUUACAUACGCUUCAGGUUGCAGACUCCGCUAACCCAGAAAUAGUGCUUCAGGUUAAGAACUUUGCUUCAGGAUGAGAACAGAAAUCAUGCUCCGGCGGCACGGCAGCAGCAGGAGGCCCCAUUAGCUAAAGUGGUGCUUCAGGUUAAGAACAGUUUCAGGUUAAGAACGGACCUCCGGAACGAAUUAAGUACUUAACCUGAGGUACUGCUGUAGUGCCCUAUACCCAGGGGUCUCAGGGCGGUUCGCAGAAUAAAAUCAAGGUAUAAAACCACAAUAAUAAAAAUUAAAACAACAACCCAAUAGCACCCCUCUCCCUCAAAAAACACAUUUUAAAGGGGCAUAGGAUGUAAAUCGGAUCAACCAAGGGCCUGGUUAAAAAGGAAUGUUUUUGCCUGGCGCCUAAAGGUGUAUAAUGAAGGCGCCAGGCGAACUUCCCUGGGGAGAGCAUUUCACAGACAGGGAGCCACUGCAGAGAAGGCCCCGUUCUCGUGUUGCUACCCUCUGAACCUCUCGAGGAGGAGGCACCUGAAGGAGAGCAUCGGAAGAUGGUCUCAGGGUCCGUAUGGGUUCAUCUGGAAAGAGGUGGUCUUUGAGGUAUUGUGGUCCUGAGCCAUUUCAGGCUUUAUAGGUCAAAACCAGCACUUUGAAUUGGACCCGGAAACUAACCAGUGCAGUCAGACCAGGAUCGGUGUAAUAUGCUCAAACUGUCUUGCUCCGGUGAGCAACCUGGCAGCUGAAUUCUGCUGAAGUUUCCGAACUGUCUUUAGAGGCAGCCCUAUGUAUAAUUCAUUGCAUCAAUCUAUAUUGCUAUUUCCACCCUGGUCAUGCUUGCUAGGACUGAUGGAAGGUGUAGUUCAGCAACAUCUGGAGGGCAGUAAACCUCCAAUCAGCCAUAAAGGUCACUGGGUGACAUUUGGCCCAUCACUAUCUUUUAUCCUAACCUACAUAAAAGUGGAGGAAGAAUGAGAUCCUUGAAAGAAAGCCAAAAUAUAAAUGUAUUAAUGGUAGAGGUAGCUUGCCCCCGUCGCCCCUAAUAUCUGGUAAUAGGAACUCCCUGCCCUCAAGCAUAGGGGGUUGUAUCCAGCUAACUCCUACUCAGAGUCAAUCUCUUGAAAUUAAUGGACCUAAAUUAGCCAUGUCCAUUAAAACUGAGCGAAUCUGUUCUGAGUAGCCAUGAAUAGAAGGAAUAGGUCUAAUUUAAACAUGCCUUGAGGGCUCUUUUUAAUAGUCUGCUCCGCUCCCCAAACGGACGUUGCACACAAAUAUUAUAGCAACCACAAAGGUAUAAUGUGUACAGCUUGCGUCAGUAAAUUCAGAUUUAAUACUCAAAAGCCGACCACAGUUACCUGUGCCGGAGGGAAUUUUGCGGGCCUUCAUGUACAGCUCUUAACCACUGGCUAGAGUCACUUCAAAAAUUUCCUUUCCUUAAUGGUUGUGCAAACAAAGUUGCCAGUUAGGCAGCUCUUUAAGUGUAAAUGUACUUUGCUUGAUUAGCCAGGAGAGAGCUUGGUUUGGGUAUGCUUCCAGUUGAGACAAACCCAUGCAAUAUAAUCAUUAUUAAUUGGCUUAUUUAUAUGCCACAUUCUUCUACAAACCUCUCUCGUGUUUACUCUUGGCCUUUUCCCUGCCAGCACUGGGGGCAUCUUAUGUCCCUGUCAAGGUAGUAUUUUAAGGCUCCUGAGCAGCGCAUCGUUUGUAAGAUUUCCUCCCAAAGGGUGUGUGUGAGAGAGAGGCUAGGACCACCUCCAAUUAGACAAAGAGCGAACGCAAGUUGGGUUGCAGCCGAAGCCUUGUACAGUGGUAUCUCGGGUUACAGACGCUUCAGGUUACAGACUCCGCUAACCCAGAAAUAGUACCUCGGGUUAAGAACUUUGCUUCAGGACGAGAACAGAAAUCGCGCAGCGGUGGCAGCGGGAGGCCCCGUUAGCUAAAGUGGUGCCUCAGGUUAAGAACGGACCUCCGGAACGAAUUAAGUUCUUAACCCGAGGAACCACUGUAGUUCCGCUUCUGCAGUGCGACUCCACCUUCUCUUCUUUCCCCAGCACAGCCCCCCGAUCCACUCUGGGGGGUCUCCCCACCCUUCAGAAAAGAUAUUGAGGGUGCCAGGUGGCACACCCCCCCGCCCAUUCAGGGGAGAGGAUGGGGAAGUUCAAUUGCAGAAGACCGCUGUUCCAGAACUGCCGUGUUCAAUGCAACCCUCUUAUUCCACACCGUCAUGGAGUAGGAGAGCUUGGGGGGGGGGUCAUAUCUGACAACCAAUAUGCCUCUUUGGUUUCAGAUGGCACAUGGGUAGGUAAAGGUAAAGGGACCCCUGACCAUUAGGUCCGGUUGUGACCGACUCUGGGGUUGCGGUGCUCAUCUCGCUUUAUUGGCCAUGGGAGCCGGCAUACAGCUUCCGGGUCAUGUGGCCAGCAUGACUAAGCCGCUUCUGGCGAACCAGAGCAGCGCGCGGAAAUGCCGUUUGCCUUCCCGCCAGAGCAGUACCUAUUUAUCUACUUGCACUUUGACGUGCUUUUGAACUGCUAGGUGGGCAGGAGCAGGGACCGAGCAACGGGAGCUCACCCCGUCACGGGGAUUGGAACCGCCAACCUUCUGAUCGGCAAGUCCUAGGCUCUGUGGUUUAACCCACAGCGCCACCCAUGUCCCUUCAUGGGUAGGUAGAUUAGUCUAAAAAAGGGGUCAGCAAACUUUUUCUGCACGGGGCUGGUCCACUGUCCCUCAGACCUUGUGGAGGGCUGGAGUAUUUUUUAAAAAACUGGAUUCCUAUGCACACUGCGAGGGGGGCAAGUAGUCCUCCUCCUCACCCACGCCCAGCCACCUUCUCGGUUUGCCGCCUGCCUCAUUCACUGAAGGGCUGGCGGUGGUGGCGUAUCCAUUUAGCGUUCUCCCAAUUUUCUUACACCACAGCCCCCAGUACACAUCAUCUCUCUUCCUAAACCCUCAUCUAGCCAGGCAGCAAAAGCCUUGUGUGCGUCGUGACAAAUGCUUGUUGACGGGGAGCUGUUAAGUAGCGCAGCUUUCCCAAGUGCGCUGUCCCCAGGAGAAGGCUGUAUGGUUUGUGUCCAUAUGUUGCACAUACGCACCACCGUUGUGUGGUGUCCAGCCAAGUUUUACGCCGAGCAGAAGAUAAAGUAAAGCGCAGGUAUAAACAUGAAGAAGACCUGCAGAAGGGACAUGGAAAAGACUUAAGAGCCUCGGAUAGAAGGUCACCAGGUUGAUGGACUAGAUGGAAGGGAUAGAAAGGACUGAUAAAACCAGAGACCAGGAAGAAGAGACGAUGGAUGAAGAUUGGAAGAAAGUUUUAAAAAUUCAUUUAGAAAAUCAUUGUAAAAUCAAUGAGUAUUAGAAAAAUGUUGGAAUGAAACUAUUUGGCUUUAGUAGAAAUGUUAAAAGGAAUUAUGUAUAAAUAAGUUUUAAGUUUUAAGCUUUAGGGCUUUUCAUGGUAAGAUAAGGUUAAAAUAAAUUAAGGUAAUUUAAUGACAGAAUAUAGUGAAAGAUGGAAAGGAUUUGCUGAGAUAAUUAAUAACUAGAAUACAAAAAAGGGAGGUCGAUGCAACAAGCUAACGAAAGAUAAAGAUUUGGGAAUAUUGGAUUUGUUUUUAAAUUUUUUGUUUAUUUUUGUUUUUGGUUUUGAUGUAUUGUGUGUUUUGUUUUUGUUUUGUUUUUGUUUUUAUUGACUUGUAUUGUUUAAUUUCUCUUUUUGUCUACUUUUUUCCUUUUCUUUUUUUUCCUCUGUAAUUUUAAAUUCUCAAUAAAUAUCAUUUAAAAAAAAAAAGUUUUACUCCGAGCAGACCUGUUGAAAUUAAUGGGCGUAAACUUAAGUUAUGUUUGUUCUUUUCAGUGGGCCGGCUCUGAAUAAAACCUAGCAGCUUGGGUGGGGCCAGUUGGUCACACAGCCAGUGUCCAGUGCUUGCUCUGACUCCACUCUCUUGGUUCCUUUUUGUUCAUGCAGGCCACGGGAUGGACAGUCGACCUGCGAUGGCUAUCUUCGAAUUGCUGGACUACAUAGUUAAUGAGGUUGGUGGCUUGAAGAGACUCUGUUAGUUUUUGUGGGUUCUUUCCCUGCAUAGUUUUAAAAGGGCUAGGGGUGGGGGUGGGGACAGAAACAGUACCCAGACACAUAGAGCUUAAUAUUUCAAAGCUCUCUUAAUAAUAAUAAUAAUUUUUUAUUUAUAUCCCGCCCUCCCCAGCCAAGGCCGGGCUCAGAGCGGCUUACAAGCAAUAAUAAAAACAAGAUGAAUGAUUACAACUUAAAAACAAAAAUAAAAUACAACAUUAAAAUAAUGGAACAUUAAAAUAUUAAAAUGUAUGUCUAAAUAAUAUUGCUUGCUCCCAGCUGUAUGUGCAUGGGUAGGAGACCCUGUGGCCCCCACAGGGACAUUGGAUUCCAGCUUCUAUCGGACCCAGCCACCACGGCCAAUGCCCCAGGGAUCAAGGGAGCUGUAGGCAUCAAUGCCUGAAGAGCCACAGGUUCCCCAUGCCUGCUUGUAUGCCUUCCUAACCCUCCCUCUCCUUCCUUUUCCUUUAAAAUUUACGUCAUGAAUGAAGAAGUACCACAACCAGGGUAUGAACGCUGCGGAUUAAGCCAAACCCAUUUUCAGCCCUGCCUACCUGCCCAGGGACGCGGGUGGCGCUGUGGGUUAAACCACAGAGCCUAGGACUUGCCGAUCAGAAGGUUGGCGGUUCGAAUCCCCGUGAUGGUGUGAGCUCCCGUUGCUCGGUCCCUGCUCCUGCCAACCUAGCAGUUCGAAAGCAUGUCAUGUGCAAGUAGAUAAAUAGGUACCGCUCCAGCAGGAAGGUAAACGGCGUUUCCGUGUGCUGCUCUGGUUCGCCAGAAGCGGCUUAGUCAUGCUGGCCACAUGACCCAGAAGCUGUCUGCGGACAAACGCCGGCUCCCUCAGCCUAUAGAGCGAGAUGAGCAUGCAACCCCAGAGUUGGUCAGGACUGGACCUAAUGGUCAGGGGUCCUUUUACCUUUACCUGCCCUGUUUGGCCUGAGAAGGCUGGCCCAUGGAGCCCGAAAGGCUCCUCACCUCUGCAGCAUGGGGACAGAGAGCAGGAUCAGCCUACAGGUUCACGUUGCACACCGCAGUGAGAAUCCACAAUUCACAAGGGCAUAAGUUGCUGAAAUGCAGGAGUUAUUUGGGAUCUCGAAGAGACGUGUGGUGUUAUGUAAGACUUUGUGGACUAGGGAAAGAGCAGAUGGACUUCGGAGACAGUCUGCAGAACAGACAGUACUGGGCAUCGGAGUCCCUGCAGAGCUGAGCUCUGCCUCCUACAUUUUCUGACUCGUCUUUGCAAUCUGUGAAGACCAGGCGCUUUUUCCUUUUUGAAGCAGAAGUCAAGAUUCUCGGGGUGUUCGUGUUCUCCGGUCAGGGAUUGCUGCUUUCGCAUCAGUCCUGGGCCACUCUUGGGUUUAAUAAUCAUAGGUAUAGGUAAAGGACCCUGACAGUUAAGUCCAGUCCAGACGACUCUGGGGUUGCGGCACUCAUCUCGCUUUACAGGCCGAGGGAGCCGGCGUUUGUCUGCAGACAGUUUUUCUGGGUCAUGUGGCCAGCAUGACUAAGCCGCUUCUGGCGAAACCAGAGCAGCGCACGGAAACGUUUACCUUCCCGCCAGAGUGGUACCUAUUUAUCUACUUGCACUUGGACGUGCUUUCUGGCGUGGUUUCGAACUGCUAGGUUGGCAGGAGCUGGGGCCAAGCAACGGGAGCUCACCCCGUCGCAGGGAUUCGAACUGCCGAUCUUCCAGUCGGCAAGCCCAAGAGGCUCGGUGGUUUAGACCACAGCACCACCUGCGUCCAAUAAUCAUCAUAAUUAUAAUGAUGAUUUUAUUAUUUAUACCCCGCCCAUCUGGCUGGGUUUCCCCAGCCACUCUGAGCUGCUCCCAACAGAAUAUUAAAAACAUGAUAAAACCUCAAACAUUUAAAACUUCCCUAAACAGGGCUGCCUUCAGAUGUCUUCUAAAAGUCAGAUAGUUGUUCAUUUCCCUGACAUCUGGUGGGAGGGCAUUCCACAGGGCGGGCGCCACCACCAAGAAGGCCCUCUGCCUGAUUCCCUGUAACCUCACUUCUCGCAGGGAAGGAACCGCCAGAAGGCCCUUGAAGCUGGACCUCACUACCUUAUUGGGUUCUAUUUAGGAUAAAUGGGUCUUCUUGGAAUAAAAUAUUGUAGUCCUGUUUAUUUUGUUAAAUAGCUCAGUCAGUGGAGUGCAAGACCCUUAAUCUUGGCAGGAUCACGGGUUCAAGUCUCACAUUAAGCAGAAAGGUUCCUGCAUUGCAGGGGGGUGGGCUAGAUCAGGGGUCAGCAAACUUUUUCAGCAGGGGGCAGUACAUUGUGCCUUAGACCUUGUGGGGGCCCGGACUAUAUUUUUGGGGGGGGGGGGGGAAUGAAUGAAUUCCUAUGCCCCACCAAUAACCCAGAGAUGCAUUUUAAAUAAAAGGACACAUUCUACUCAUGUAAAAACAUGCUGAUUCCCAGACCAUCUGCGGGCCAGAUUGAGAAGGCGAUUGGGCCAGAUCCGGCCCCCGGGCCUUAGUUUGCCUACCUGUGGGCUAGGUCAGCGGUUCUCAACCUGUGGGUCCCCAGGUGGUGUUGGACUACAACUCCCAUCAUCCCUGAGCUCUGGGCUUGCUAGCUAGGGGUGAUGGGAGUUGUAGUUCAACAAUAUCUGGGGACCCACAGGUUGGGAAAGGCUUGGCUAGAUGAUCCUCAUGGUCCCUUCCAACAAAUUCUGUGAUUCUUCUGCAUUGCUACAUCGACAGCAGUGGAUGGAGCUACCGCUCUGUCAUUCUUAGAACCUGGUUUCCAACCCAAAAGGUGAGCACAACAGGCCAGAGGGAGAGACUCGGAGGGAAAAUGCCACAGCUUUUCUUCCCAGUGCCAUUAGCUAUGAUGCACCUGCCUGAGGCUGGGUCUUCAUCAUUUUUCUCCCUCAAAUCCAGAUACAGAAGCAGGACAGACACUGGCCUAAGUCUCAAGCUGUGACGAAUACUGCGCCAGACACCGAAUAAUACUUUUUGUUCAGCGCAAAGGCAAUUCAGUCGAUCGCAUCAAAAUGUUCCUUUCGGUUCUCAGUCGUAGCCUCAUUGCUUCUUUUUACUUCUUGCUAUAUAUAGCUUCAGGGACGCGGGUGGCGCUGUGGGUUAAACCACAGAGCCUAGGACUUGCCGAUCAGAAGGUCGGCAGUUUGAAUCCCCGCGAUGGGAUGGGCUUCCGUUGCUCGGUCCCUGCUCCUGCCAACCUAGCAGUUCGAAAGCACGCCAAAAAGUUCGAGUAGAUAAAUAGGUACCAUUCUGGCAGGAAGGUAAACGGCAUUUCCGUGCGCUGCUCUGGUUUGCCAGAAGCGGCUUAGUCUUGCUGGCCACGUGACCCGGAAGCUGUACUCCGGCUCCCUCGGCCAAUAAAGCAAGAUGAGCGCCGCAACCCCAAAGUCGGCCACGACUAGACCUAAUGGUCAGGGGUCCCUUUACCUUUAUAUAUAUCUUGUUAAAACUUGGAAUUGCACAUUUAUUUAUUUUUGAAAGCUUUAGCAUCCAGCAUGCAGCACAUUACAGUCGCUAAAUGGGCAAAAUAAAUUAAGUGGUUCUCCAAGACGCCCUGCAGUAUUCAGAUGGCCGGUGCGGGGGCGGGAUUUGGCAUGCCAGCCCACGCCUGAAAAUGAUUUGACCCAUGGAGCCUCUUUAUUGCAACCCCUGCCCAUCUUUUAUUCCCGCCCCAUCCAUUGUCUCCCAUCACCCCGGCUGCUUUUCUCAGCGGCGCCUACUUUUCCUGGGUUCCGACAUGUCUUAACGUCUGUGUUCCUUUUCCUCCUCUCUUAUCUCCAGCCACCUCCAAAGCUGCCAAACGGGGUUUUCACUCAAGAGUUCCAGGAGUUUGUAAAUAAAUGGUAAGUGUUUGCUUUCAUCGGUGUGGGGUGUUCGAACCCCAGUGGGCCGAGAGGGGAAGCAUCUCCUCUUCCAAAUGCACACGGCCACAAAUGCCGCAGUUCCCCAGGCUUUCCGGGGAGCGAGAGCCAGUCUCCCCCAAGGAUAUUUUCUCCCCUUUACAGUUUUACGCAACAGCUUGUUAACUUUUACUGUGCAAUUCUAUCCAUGUAAACUCAGGAGUAAGCCCUGCUUAACUCAGAGAAGCUUAUUUCCAGGUACUUUUUUGAGGGGGUGUAGGAUAGAGCCUUCAUGACUGGGGUGUCCUCUAGACCAGAGGUUGGCAACCUAAGGGCGCCAUUUCCCGCCCUCUCCCUCACCGCGGCAGAACCUCCUCCGUCCUCCUGGUGCAGCAAAUUGCCAGCCAAUUGUCUGCGAAGGUUUGAGGCCCUGGCCAAUGGGUGAGCGGCGGCUGCGCGUGGCCGAGAGGAGGAAGGGGGCUGGGCUGAGCUGGCUGAGGGCAUUUUCAGCAGCCCCUCGUUGGAGCGAGCUGUUUGCUGCUACCGCUCGUGUGUGCUUAUAUAUAUUUUGAGGGUGGGGGUGAGUUAGUGCAGCCAAUGGAACUGUACAAGGACCCACCCAAAGUAUGGCAGUGCUGAUAACCUAAAGAGUGUGGCCUUGCAAAGGCAAACUUUGCCUUUUUAAAAAAGAAGUCUGAUUUUUUUUUCCCCCUCCUUGUCCCACACAGCUUAAUUAAAAACCCUGCUGAACGGGCAGAUUUGAAGAAGCUGAUGGUAAGUCGAUAAGGAUUCCAUAUAUGCACAAUCGGGGCCGGCCCACCCCUGAGGCAAGGUGGUGCAACCGCCUCAGGUGGCAGGAUCCGCAGGGGCAGCAGACCCGGCCUCCAAGGAAUGCAUCACCAGCAGCUGCAUCACCCUGCCUCAGGUGCCAAAACGUCUUGGGCCGGUCCUGCUACGCAUGUUGCGUCAAAAUGAAUUCAGAAUCUCAGUCCAGCUCCCAGCAAAUGCAAAGUUCUUCAAUUGGAAUCAGUUAAGCAUUUUGCAUGUGAUUAUUACCCCUUUUCAUAUACCGUAUUUUUUGCUCUAUAAGACUCACUUUUCCCUCCCAAAAAGUAAGGGGAAAUGUGUGUGUGUCUUACGGAGCGAAUGCAGGCUGCGCAGCUAUCCCAGAAGCCAGAACAGCAAGAGGGAUUGCUGCUUUCGCUGCGCAGCGAUCCCUCUUGCUGUUCUGGCUUCUGAGAUUCAGAGUAUUUUUUUUCUUGUUUUCCUCCUCCAAAAACUAGGUGCGUCUUGUGGUCUGGUGCGUCUUAUAGAGCGAAAAAUUCGGUCUUUCUGUUCAGGGCAGAAUGGCGAAUGGCUGGGCAUUGAUGGAUGGAAGAUGAAUCUCCAUUCCUCCAGCCUCCGAAACAGGUGUGGGGAACCUUUGGCCCACCAGAUGUUGCUCCAAUCAGCCCCAGGGGGCAUGGCCAGGCUGAGGAUGAUGCGAGUUGUAGUUCAGCAACAUCUGCGAGUCCUAAGGUUCUCCCCCCCCCCCCAACGCUGCUCUCAAACUUCACCCAGGCACCGCUCCACAAGCUUUGAAGCUUUAUCUUCAACUCCGUCUGGCCUAGAAACUCAACGCAUGAAAUGGAAACCGAGGUUGCUCCGCGCCUUGCAAUAUUUAGACGCACACCUUACGAUGCCGCAAGUUCGCCUUUGCAUUGCCCUGGCAUCCUCGGGAGCUGUUUCCCGGGGAUGUUGAAUUCCUUAAUCCGUACCAGAUCCCUCAGUUGUCUGUGAAAGGCACUAGAGCAGGGGGGGCUGGGGAACCUUUGGCCCUCCGGGCGUUUCCUGGACUACAACUCCCAUCACUCCCAAGCUGUUCUUCGGGGUGUGGCUGAUGGGAAGUGGAGUCCAGCAGCAGCAGCCGGGGCCCCAAUUGUCCCCUAGCCCUGCGCCACACAGUGGACAGUGUGCUCAGGUGGUUCCAAUCCCCAGCAGAGCUGCAACGUGACUCUGUGCAUUCGUUGGAUCGCAGUUCUGACCUACAGUUAAAAGGGGGAGCAGGUUUCAUGCCAGCACCAUCAGCCUGACUUUUUCCACAUUUUUAAAUUUCAUUCCCUAAUAUUCCCAAUAGAAAAGCUUCUGGUUUCUUAACAAAAGUAUAUUUCAUUAAUCAGCAUCUCAAUCUCCCUGCGACGGCUCCGAAGCUGACAGAUUGGCCAGGCAGUGCUGGAAGCACAGGAGGCAUUUCUCGCCGAGACUGUUCUGUAUCAGUAACUGCCGGUAGGACCAAUCUGUUGCUGAUGGGAUUCUUUCCCACCUCUGACCGGUCACACCAGCGUCUCCAAAAUAUCUUGGCGGAAUCUACUUUUCACCUUCAAAGCAUAGGUGCCGGUUGGAAAUAAGGCAUUUUUAAAACAAACCAAAGGCACCUGCUUUCUGCACAGCUCUUAAGAAUUCUAAUAAUAAUAAUAAUAAUAAUAAUUGUUGUUAUUAUUUAUUAUUAUUAUUUAUACCCCGUCCAUCUGGCUAUGUUUCCCCAGAUUCCAACAAUAUUAAAAUACAAUAGUCUCUUAAACAUUAAAAGCUUCCCUAAACAGGGCUGCCUUCAGAUGUCUUCUAAAAGUCUGGUAGUUGUUUAAAUGCCCCAGAACAUAAUUCCUCCCCAAAUCCCAUAUUAAAACCUGGAUCUGGGAUGGAUUUCGAGAGAUGGGAGGUUGCAGGGAAGACCGUGGCAUGGGUUAGAGCAGGCAUAGGCAAACUCGGCCCUCCAGAUGUUUCUGGACUACAACUCCCAUCAUCCCUAGCUAACAGGAUCAGUGGGCAGGGGUGAUGGGAGUUGUAGUCCCAAAAAAAUCUGGAGGGCCGAGUUUGCCUAUGCCUGGGUUAGAGCAAACUUGGAUCUCCAGCUUCUUUUUUGGACUACAGUUCCCACCAUCCCUGGCAACUGGUCCUGCUAGCUAGGGAUGGUUGGAGUUGUAGUCCAACAAGACCCAGUUUUGAGAAACGCGAGGUUUGAGAAAUGGGUUGGCAUAUGGGGGCAGAAACGCCGUCCCUGCAGAGCAGCCGGCCCUCCUUUUGCCCAAGCUCCAUCCUCAAAUCGGUGAGAUUUACAGAACAGAGUGAAUUACUGUAUUUUAAUAUUUUGUUGGAAGCCGCCCAGAGUGGCUGGGGAAGCCCAGCCAGAUGGGCGGGGUAGAAAUAAUACCGUAUUUUUCGCUCUAUAGGACGCACCAGACCAUAGGACGCACCGGACCAUAGGAGGGGGAGAACGGGGGGGGGGGAAAUUCUCCCCCUCUCUGCUCAGCGCUCCUUCAGCGAAGCGGCAGGAGAAACAGCCCCUUCCAUUUCUCCUCCUGCUUCGCUGAGGGGGCGCUGCGCAGCUCUCCCUCUCUGCUGAAGCCGGAAGAGUCUUGCUCUCCCGGCUUCAGCAAAAGGAACCCAAAGCCUUUGGAGCACAGUGCGAGUUCCUGCUGCGCUCCAAAGGCUCCAGGCUAUCCCUGAAGCCUGGAGAGCGAGAGGGGUCGGUGCGCACCGACCCCUUUCGCUCUCCAGGCUUCAACAAAAGCAACGCGAAGCCUCCGGAGCGCAGGGGGAGCGCUCCCUCUGUGCUUCGGAGGCUUCGUGUUGCUAUCGCUGAAGCCAAGGAGCCUGCAUUCGCUCCAUAAGACGCACACACAUUUCCCCUUAAUUUUUGGAGGGGGAAAAAGUGCGUCCUACAGAGCGAAAAAUAUGGACGAGGUCAGUUCUGCAUUGGCUGUCCCUGCCAGUUGAGAAAAAUGGAGAGGGAGGGGGCGGUUAAAUCCUAUUAAGGCUAUUUCAUAGAACAGGAUUGAGGCCUUCUCACAAGCUGUUGAGUGGAUAGCUUUCUUCUGCUCGGUGCUGCUUCAUCAACACACCUGGGGAACAGACUCCCUCAGGAAGAUGGUGGACUCUCCUUCCUUGGAGGUUUUUAAGCAGAGCUUGGGGGGCCAUCUAUCAUGGAUGCUUUAUCCGAGACUUUUGUAUUGCAAGGGGUUGGUCUGGAUGACCCUAGGGGUCCCUUCCACCUCUGUUCUAUGAUUCUCUUAAAUUUCCUGCGGGGAACACAGGGGCCAAGCUGCGUAUCUCUUAUACCUGUGGCCCUCCAGAUAUUGGUGGGAAACAGUUCCUAUACAUCCUUGGUCACUGGCCAUGCUAGAAAGCGUUGGGAGUCCCAACAGCAUCUGAGAGCUGCAAGUUCUUCCUCUCUCUUACGGAGUCGGGUCCCUGGCUGCUUGGCUCCCUCUGCAGGCCACACCAGGAGUGUUUCGAUGGCUGUGUCCGUGCAAGCUUGCUGUGACUGCAACUUUCCACACCAAGUGCCAACUUUCCACACCAAGUGAGCUGCAAGAGUACCUUGACACUGGAGUCUGCAGUUCACACAAUGCCUUGUCGGGUGGGGAGCAAGGUCAAAAUUUGACUGCCACCCCCAGUGGCUUCCCAUAGUUGGCUAAGCAAGGUGCAGGGCUUUGGGAAGAACUAGGACCUGUUGGGAGCCCUCAUGCCUCAUUCCUAAAGCCCAGGACCUUGUUUGCCCAAGGGGGCAGGGUGUCAGAUGUUGCUGAGGGCCGCCAGAAAGACCUUGAGGGCUAGAGGCUUCCCUACUCCGCUAGCUGAUUUGGCGAAGACCUGGAUAUGCAGAAGCUUCUGCCCAUUUCUAUAGUAAUAAUAAAUUUUAUUUAUACCCCGCCCUCCCCAGCCAAGACCGGGCUCAGGGCGGCUAACAACCAGUAAUAAAAAACAAGUUGAUUAAAAUACAAUUUAAAAAACAAGAUUAAAAUACAACAUUGAAACAUUAAGAUGCAGCCUCUUCACAGGAGGAGAAAGGAAAAAAGAAAGAGGGGGAGGGAAUCAAACUGAUUCCAAGCCAAAGGCCAGGCGGAACAACUCUGUCUUACAGGCCCUGCGGAAAGAAAUCAGAUCCCGCAGGGCCCUGGUCUCAUGAGACAGAGCAUUCCACCAGGCCGGGGCCAGUGUUGAAAAGGCCCUGCCUCUGGUUGAGGCUAAUCUAACUUCCUUAGGGCCCGGGACCUCUAGGGUGUUGCUAUUUAUGAACCAUAAGAUCCUCCGUGGGGCAUAUCGGGAGAGGCGGUCCCAUAGGUACAAGGGUCCUAGGCCGUUAUUUGUUCAUGAAAUCUCUACCCUGGCCUUUCCUCCCAAAGGAGCCCAGGGUGGCAAACGUCAGAAUGUUAAAACAGUGCCAUUUUAAAUAAAUAAAUAAACUUUCAUUACGAUAGGAUUACUUAAAUUCAUCGGUUGCCUUUUAUUUAUUUAUUUAUUUAUUUAACCACGGGGUAACACAAAGCAACUUAACAAUAGAUGAACAGCGAAACCGGAACAAAAGAAACAUCUAAGAAGACGAUCCUGGUUUGUUUGUUUUAAAAAGAGGUGAUCAAAACAUCCCACCCACCUACCUACCCAAGGAAACCGCAGAUAGCUAGGAGCCCAAGGCCUGGCAGAAAGGAAAUGUUCUUUUGCCAGGCUGAUGUGUAAUUAUGGUGCCAGACAAGCCUCCCCAGGGAGAGCAUUCCACCAGCAGGGAGCCACCACUGAAAAGGCCCGUUCUCAUGUUGCCACCCUGGAGGGAAUAAUAAUAAAAAAAUAAAUCUGAAAACAUACUAUGCCUUGCAACGUAGGCAGAGCUUUGCGGGGAGGUUUCCAAGUGUAUGUUUUGAUGUCCCCGCCUCCUUUUUUCCUCCUGUUCCAGAAUCACGCCUUUAUCAAGCGCUCCGAAGUGGAAGAGGUGGAUUUCGCCGGCUGGCUGUGUAAGACGCUGCGGUUGAACCAGCCCAGCACUCCCACCCGCACCGCCAUGUGACCGCCAAGCAAGCCGCCUUCUUCCCCUCUACUCCUCCUCCUCCUCCUUUCGUGCAUCUUGCUUGUCUGCUGUCGUCCGCCACCCUUCAGCAGAAGAAAAGAACCCACCUCUCGGCCAGCCUCUCCUCCGCGACCUUUUAUUUUUUAUUUUUGGCUCCGGAACAGCAAAGGCGCCGCAGUUCGGAAGCUGCCCGGUCGUCAUCCAGACAGCGAGAGCAGAAAGCGGGCUUGCUUCACCCUCUUCCUGUUCGGCUCCAUCCCUCUCCCCACAGCUGAGUGUGGAUCUCUUCAGAGCUUCUGACUCUGGGCAAGGGGUUCAGGGGGGGGGGCAGGUUGUGUACAGCAGCGACGAGCUGCUUUUUCCUUUUACGUUUUGUGUCACCAGUUUUGGGCGAAAGGGACAGGCUGUGCCUUCUUUCCUUUCUUCUUGUGCACUUGCUUCCUGGGUAGGGGGCCUGAGAGGCGCAGGCAGGCUUGCCGGACGGGUGCUGCAGUUGGGUGGAGACACGUGGAGCAGCUUGGGCGGAAGCGGGCCGAUUGGCCAACGGAGCAACGUGGCAGCUUCGCCGGCCUGGGCUUGGGUCCAUCCUAGAGCCUGCAAGAGGACCGUGCGAUUUUAAGGAAGUUUGUGUUUGGUGGCUGAGAAGCUAGCAGUCAAUUCCUUCCCUUGCUCUCCUCCUCCUCCUCCUCUUCCCCUCCCCACGGUUUCUGCAUUCAGUUUCUUUACAAGAGAAGUUUUUAGUUCAACUUGCCCUCUUUGUGUCUGUGGGAGAGGGAACGUCCACGGCUUCAAGGCGAACGUGGAACCGUCUUCACGUGUGUGUGAGUGUGUAAUUUUUACGUACAAAUGCAACACGCGCACCGAGGGGUUGUAUCCGGCGCUAGUCGUGCUUGGCGUAGACCCGCUGAAAUUUGCGGACAUGCCCAUUUUGUGUGCCUGCGUUUCAGUGGGUCUGUUCUGGGUUGGGCCUUGCUGGAUGCAACCCCACCUGUGGAAAUUGUGUCGUCAUAAAUCAUGUAGAAUUGGGGGGGGGGGCAGCAGUCCACACGCUGCUUCUCCAAAGACGUGACGGUUUUAAAGCCAUCUCCUUCCAGUCUUAACAGAGUGCUUUAUUUCUGAAAUCAAUGUGCACUAACUCGUCAAGUGGAGGGUGGAGGUCAGUAGUCCUCUGCGGGUAUUUAUUGGAGAAGAAUCACAGCUGCUAAUUCUUGACGGCGGAGGGGACGCCUCUUCCUCUCCAGCGCACGCUCCGUGUGUGUUAUUCCUCGGGCCUUGUAGCGGAGGCAUCGCUCUCCCGAUAAAGGUGUCGUCGGUUUCUGCCUUCUUGGUACUAGCGUUGCUACGUCUCUGUUUUCGAGAGUGUGUGAUUUAAUGGUGAAAAAGUUCUGCGCUGCAAUUGGAUGCUUCUCGGUGUCUUCUUGCUGCCGCUGCCCUCCAUAGCUCAGAGGAGCCCUCACCUCUGGAGCAGGUGAACUGGAAGCAAAGCUGUUGGCGGUGGUUAGGCUGCCUCUCUCCCCUCCUGCCCCCCCAGUCCUGCUGCACCUCAUCCCCAAUCUUAACAGAUCCUUCUUUAAACUUCCAUUUCUCUCUCUUUCAAACUCCUCCCCCCCCUUCUUUCAUUUCCAGUUAAUUCCUUUACCAUUAUUGGCUUUUCGCUGUCCAGGUAACUGAAGGGGAGUGUAUGAGCGAGACCCGAUACACACUUGCCCUACAGCCCAUUUUCUUUCUUUAAAAAUAAAUAAAUAAAUAAAAAAGGAGGGUCAGGUGCUUCAAAGUUCUCCAGCACCUCGCGGUCGAUAAGGUUUUGUUCUCCUUGAAUACCGGGCCCUCUGCCAUUCCGGGAAGUGUGGGAACCGGCGUCCGACCGGCCAAAGUGCCCACCCCCCACCCCUUCAAUUCCAGCAGGUAAGGAAGCCACAGCUGGGUGGCUGAACCAGGUGGAGUCCCCAAAUCGGGGCUUGCUGAGGGCUGAAAAGGCGCUGGCCAUGUUCCGUCCUUGCUUGGGUUUGCGCCUUGGGAUGCGGGACUUCGUGCAGGCCAAAGCAAGCGGCAGGUGGGCUGACGGACGAGUCACUCGGCCACAACGGAAGCCGGCAGCUUGCAAUGGUACCACCGCUUUCCUGUUGGCUCACCUUGCUAGGAACCCUGCAAAAAACAACAACAACAACAUCUAAGGUGAAGCUGCUUUUAAAAGACACGGCUGCCUUGAGCUCCCCGACGCAAGGGAUGAAUAAGUUUUCCCCAGCCUGUUUUGGCACUUGCCUCUCGAAAGGUGGCAGAGCCGGUGGGUAUCUUGGCAUCCGUGCAUGGCAUGACCGGCUGGCAUGGUUGCCAAGUGCUUCAGGGGAGAGAAAGGCCCAGUUCGACAACCGAAUGCCUCCCUCCAGGAGUCUGCACCACGAUGUCUCCCAACAUGUUUCCCAGAGCGUCUCCAUGUGGGUAGGGGAACUUUGUGGAGUGCCUACCCUUGGGGGUGGGAUUUUGGAAUACCUUCCCAAAAUUUCCAAAGGUUAUUGGGUUGCCAAGAGCAAAAGGCUCUCCCUCUAUUCGCAGUACGAUCUUAAAUGCCUGGGACUCUGCAGAGAUAGGGACACAGAACAACAUUUAGCCACAAGUCGGAGGCGCAAUUCUUGACUUUGGUGAACUGGGCUGGUUUCUUGCAUUCAGGACUUAGUGGGGCAAGGUGCUUUUUCUCUCUCCCAAGCCCUUCUCAGAGAAAUCCCCUACCCCACUCAAAAAAAUAAUAAUUUACUCUUCUCUCACCGAAUCCUCUCCUCAUAUACGCAUUUUUGCUUUCAAGAGUCUGCAAACUUUCUUCUGUUUCUCGGUGGCUUGUCUGUGAAGGAUAUUUGAGUAUCAGUGCUUUCCAUUGAUUCCCACCCGAUUGCAGGGCAAAGAUGCAAGCUUUGCACAAAACUUUGAGAGAGAGAGAAACUGAGCCCAUUUGUGUCUCUUCACUGCCUUGAGUUUUUCUUCUCUCCCGCAAACCCCCCCCCCCGGACUGCUAGCAUCUGAUACGAUCUAAAAGGGGAGGCGAACAGGACCCCCGCAAGCCGACGAAGACUGCUGGGAAGAUAACCCAGGCCAGGGAAGAGACCCUGUGUUUUUCCCCACUGAUCCAUGUUUUGCUGCUGAUUGUGGAUACGGGAUAUACUGGGUAUGGAACGAAAGCAAAAUAAAAACGGAUUGUGCAUUUUAUUUCCCCUUCUAAAUAGUGUAAGUGACUCGAUCGUGGAUUUGAAAGGAAACACAACAUUUGGAAGGCGUUCCACCCCCCCCCCCUUUUAACCUCGCAGUUGCUCUUAUUUGGUGUGCUUUCUAAGCGAGACUGACCAUGCCGUUGCCGUCUUCGUAAAGAAGAAAGGGAGAAAGAUGGGUGGAUUCUCCUGUGGGGUGGAGAUUUACUGCGUGUGUUUUCUCCCCCUAGAGCAGCUGGGGGAAACUUGCAAAUUUUCAAUCCUCUUUAAGCGGGCCGAAGGAAAUGGGAAGAGACCCCCUUAGCAGAUCUAUAGGCGACAUUUCUUGGGUGGUCAGGGAGGGGGGAGGCCUUUUGUAACCCAAGUCUUUUUCCUCCAACUAUAAUUUCAAAUCCAUUCCCGCAGCCAGAUCCCUUCCACUUUGACACUGUCAGACAGCUGAUUUAAUUCUCCCUCCCCUCACUCCAAGUGCAAACGUUAGUUUUAUCAAAUGGGGUAACUCCUGAGGAUCUGAAUGUAUAAUAUUCAGUGUUUGAGUUAAAAGUUGUCAAUGAACUUAGUGGGAUCAUGUGAUCUAAUUACUGUACUUUUUUUUUUCAUAAUGCUUAUAUAUAUCUGAACAGUGAGGCUUUUGCUGGGUGUGUGUGGGGGGGUGCAUUUUACGGUUCAAAAAGAUUUUUUUGGUUAUGUUUCCUUUUACGGCUUUGGUUUCUUGGGGAAGGGGUGUUUAAGAAUGUGCUGAGCGUUUUGACGGUGCUUUUUUUUUUUUUUAAAGAAACUAUUUUCACCAUGGGGAGAUGAAAUAAAUGGCACUUUACAUUAAGAA